AUGGGAUACAAACGAACUGCCAAGGUUGCUGCGACAGCCCGUGACAUGCGCUCGACACGCACGAGCACCACCGUCGCCAACCGUGUGACUGUCGCCCCUGUCGCCAAAGUCAAGGCUGCCCACGGCAAGUCACUCGCCAUGAACCGCAAGCGUCUGACUCCCACCGUCAAUAAGCGCCACCCCAUCGUCUGGAUCGACAACACCGGUUUUGACUUCGGUGCCUAUCCCGCCUGGCCGAAGAUGUCGAAGCCCACCAAGCAGACCGCUGCGUCUGUCGAAUCCUCUGACGCUGUGUUCGAUGGUGACUCGACUCCUGGCUCUGCCGACGACAACGCCAUCGCCCCACACGGGAACUUGAACCAUGCCGUCGAGACUCACGACAGUGACGCCGAAGAUGCCAACAUCACCGACGAUGAUGCAGCCGCCUUCGAUGGUGGUGGCGACAGUGACUCUGCUGACCUCGAGGGUCACAGCGACAACUCAGUUGCAGCUGACGCCGCUGCUGCUGAUGUCUCGGGGGACGACGACGACAUCGAUGUCACAGCUGCAGUGGCUGGCGAUGACGACGACUUCUUCGUUAACAACGACACUUCGCCGUCGCACGACUCGGACGACGACUCUGUCAUCGAGACGGGUUCGAACCAGGUCAUCAGCAGCGGCGACUUCUCGGCCCUGCCGUUCUUCAAGGAAUUCCGCACUCUGGCGUCGCUUCAUGCUUCCGAGAGGGACGCCAUCUAUGCCGAAACCACUCGCCUGCCUGUCGACGUCGACAAGUGGGAAGUCGCCAUGUCGCCGACGUUCUAUCUGCGCCACAUCGACACACCCGUCGCCUGCGUUCGGCUCGCUUCCCAUGCGCCCAAGUCGAAACCUCGUCGCAAGGACGAACCGAAGACUCCAUUCGACGGAUGGCUGCUCCUCGCUGACGACGUCCACCUUAUCUUUGUCGACCCAGCGAUCAAGGCACCGUUCUAUCGUGAGCUCAAGAAAACCCACAUCGUUCGGCCGAGCCGCUUCCCGUGGGUGUCGUCGACAGGCGGCGCUGCCAUUCCGAUCUGUCGCUUCGUGGAAUGCCUUCAAGUCGCCCACUGCUCGACAAUUCGACUGAAGCAGUACGGCCAGAAAAUGCCUAUCGACAAGCGCUACAUCACUCGUCCCAUCGCCGACGCAGAGCACCGCCUCAGCGAGCACAACGAGUGGGACAUCGGUACCAACUUCGAGUCGUCGGUCAUCUGGCUCUUCAGCCCCGUCAAUGGAAACAUCUCUCGACACUUGACGACAUUCCCGAUGAUCAUUCCGGGCUCCCUCGACUAUGGCUCGGUUCAAAUUAUCACUCGCUUCAAGCACCGAGACUUUCGUAUCAAGAUCUACCCUCGACUUGUGCACGUCAUCAAGUCGAUCAACAGUCGACUGCAAGGCGAGCCUCCCCAAACUGUCCGAAACAUCAAGCGAAAGGGUGCCGCUGCCCAGGCGAUGGUCCAGGAGCUGACGACGAUCUCAUCGAAGGAGAUGGGCGGCUUUCGAAUUGAAGUUUCGGUGCGGGCGAGGACUCUCGGUGAGGCGCAGCGCAUCGUUAACGACACUGGUUUCCUUCGCCCGAGUACUUGGGUGAACUCGUCUGAUGGCCCGCUCUCUCGAUUCCGACUCGACGUCAAAGUCGUCACCAAGCAAGGCCUCAUCGACAAUGCGAACUGGGUCUACCGACAGUCAGUCGCUGCAGGCAUCUACUCGGGUGGUGACCACACUGCAGCGACAAGCCUCGACAAGCGCAUCUCUCUUGACGUCUUCAACUCGCUAGGUUGGAACGCCGGUCUGCGUACUCCGACACGCUCACUCGACCCAGUCGCCUGGUGGCGCACUGUCGAGAUCUCUGACGAGGCUAUGUCAGAAGUCGAGCUCCUCGCCAUCCUCAACCGCCUCUACCCGACAGACCUCGACAAGCGUAACCUUGUGGCGAUCAUCCGAACGAAGGGCAAGAAGAAGGGAUUUCCCUGUCGCAAGAACGAAAAGCACAGCUACGACAUCAAGGCGCGUCAUCCGCCGCGCUGGCAGUGCCGCGACAAGUCGUGCAAGGACAACCUCCCUCUCGGCCAAGCGAUGCGCUGGGUCGCUCAACUCAUCAUCAACGACUGGGUCCCCCGACAGGCUGUGGGCAUCCCGUCUGCCAGGCGGCAGAGCGACACAGCGGACGACAGCCGUCGGGUCACCAACGACAAGCUCGGCGUCGUUCACCGUACCCCACUCAGCAGUGUCACUCCCCCUCGCCGCAUCGACAAGGCAUUCCGCCCACCUCCCGCCAUCAAUCGUCUCCGCUUCGAAGUCCCCGGCAUGUCUCGACUUGUCCGACUUCCUGUCGAGCCUGCCUACUAUCGCACGAGGUGGACAAUCGGUGACGGCAACUGCCAGUUCCGUGCUUUCGCCAAAGCGUACGGUGGAAUCGACCACAUCGCUGCUCGCAAGGCUGCUGUCGACUACAUGUUCGAGAACUUCAAGCAGUUCGAGGCCUUCUACGCUGACGACGAGAUGGAGAAGCAGUACGGCGACUUCGACAUGUACCUCGACGCCAUGGCGAAACAGUUCGAAUACGGCGACCAGCUGACGCUCGCUGCCCUCGCUGCGUCGUACAAGGUCUCGAUCAAGGUUCUUCACAUGUCGCACACUCUCGACUAUGAGUGGGUUGACGGCGGUGACAGCGACAGCGGUCGAGUCAUCAAACUGUUCUUCAACGCCGGCACGAAGCACUACGAGAACCUCGUCGCUGCGAGGGACCUGUAG